AUGGAGAAUGUUUCUGACAGAGGGCCCCUUGGUAGACACCACAAAAAGAGAACGUCUACAGUUAAUCACAAGAGAGAACGGAAAAUCGUUAUCAAAAAGCAAUCAGCACGUACGUAAGGCUCAUUACGGAGGAUUUUUGUUAUUGAAUGUAAAUGAUGUAAAUGUACCUAAAGGAAAUACCGCUUAUAAAUAGAGUUACCUUACGCCUUGCGAUACUAACUAUUUCAAAGCAAGAAUCUUAGACACUUGCCUAGCAAAACUGAGAACAGAAGAUUUUUCGACUGACUUUCUUUAAGAGUUAAACCAACGUAAUCAGUCAUUCAUAGAGCUCGAUAGGGUAAUUUUAAACUUCUAGCUUUCUCAUAAAGUUGUAGAGUGUUUGAAAUAUUAAUUGCUCCUGUGGUGUACUGUGAAUCAAAUGUGAAAGCCAGCCGAACAACAGCAUUUUUCGUAACGGACUUCUAAGCUUAAUUUGCUUAAUUCCUCCAUCUCUUAGCUCCGCAAAACUAUCUGACAGGGACACCGAACAGGGUACGUGCUGGAAUGACAAACGUGAAGCAACCUGGCGGUUCCCUAACUGCCGCUGUUGGAGAUGGAAUAACUGACGACAAGUCUGCGAUUCAGGCCAUAGUAAACCAGGCUCCGAUUUCCACCAUCAAAAAGGUUUUCUUCCCGGCCUCCUGGUGUGUACCAGGUCAACGGUGA